CUUGUAGCCCGAUCCAUUCUGUGCUGGCAGUCUAUUUAAGUGGUGCUGUCAAAGCUCAUCUCCACAAAUAGUAUUCUUCCUUUACAUUCAGAAUGUCUUUUUGCUCCUUUUUUGAUGGCGAGGUCUAUAAAGACCAUUUCAAACCAGGUAUGUAUGUGUGUUCUCAGUGCAACAACCCGCUGUUCUCCAGCAGGUCUAAGUUCCCCCACUCCUCCCCGUGGCCUGCCUUCACUGAGACCAUCAAAGAGGACAGUGUCACCAAGAUGAUGGAGUCACUCACAGCCUUCAAGGUGCUUUGUGGGAAAUGUGGUAACGGACUGGGCCAUGAGUUUGUCAACGACGGUCCGGAGGAAGGCAUCUCACGAUUCUGAAUAUUCAGCAACUCGCUCAAGUUUGUCCCAAAUAAAGACAAACAGUAAGUCGAGUUGAGGAGCCCAAGCAGGUAGCUGUAGCCUCACAUCACAGCCCUGUGUAAGGGACUGGUCAGUAUGUGACGUGGACAGGAACAAGGCCCAGGAGGGACACCCUGUACACUGAUGACUCUAUGACCAGCCUGGUAUACAGGGACAUUCUAGAGAAACAUUAUUUUUCACCAAGAUAGUUGUUCUAUAGACGUGGUAGUGUUUUUCAGUGCAUCACAGAUCUAAAAGCAUUCCUUGAAAACCUCUUAUAAUAAGCAUGCAGAUCUAGUUGAUCUUUAAGAUAUAGGUUACAUUAAGAUAUAGGUUACGUUAAGAUAUAGGUUACGUUAAGAUAUAAGCCUAUUGUGGAUUAUAUGCUUUUUAUGCUAAUCUGCAUUCCAUUGCUUUGUAGCAGUUCAAGCAUGUGAAGCAAUUAGAGUUUUUUUUGUUGUAUUUAGUUAUUUGAUUAUUUAUUUGAAUAUACUUACCAUGUAUUCUGUAAGGAGGAGGUGACACAGUUGGUGCAAGGUGUCAUGUUCUUGAAAAAAACUCUCACUGCAAUUUAGCCAAAGACAUACGCAGGCUUGCUAUCACAUCUAUGCAUUUGAUGUACAUGUAUACAACUCAUUGAAAUAUCACUUCCUUAUAUUAUGUAGAUAAAUAUUGAACAAUUAGCUGAAUUUCGGUUGUAUUGACCAUUUGUGAUUUAACAUUGUUACAGUAUAUUUGCACAUUGAGCCAUGUGAAAUGGCAUACUUGAAUUGACGAGCAUGAUUGCUUAUUAUUUAUAUGAUCUCGUAUGUCAUUUAUGACUUGGAGUCUUCUGUUGUGUGAUUCCCAUGACAUUCUUUUAAUUAAUACAUGUUCUAACUGGCAAUGCAAAUGGAAUAAACAAUGAUUUUUCUGGUAUUAAUAUAAUUGCACUGAUGAAAUGCAGAUGCUUUGUUUAUCGGUCAUGAUUCUAUUAUACUGAUAACAAUAAAUGACUAUAAUUUACUAAAA